UCAUAUGAUUAUGUUUGCAGGUUAAAGAAGCGGAAGAUUGUUAUAACACAGCUUUACGUUUAUGCCCAAACCAUGCUGAUUCUUUGAACAACUUGGCAAAUAUCAAACGUGAACAAGGAUAUAUUGAGGAAGCGACGCGCUUAUAUUUGAAGGCGCUGGAAGUAUUUCCAGACUUCGCAGCAGCACACUCCAACUUGGCUUCAGUUCUUCAGCAGCAAGGAAAAUUAAAAGAGGCUUUAAUGCAUUACAAAGAAGCAAUUCGUAUUCAACCAACUUUUGCUGAUGCAUAUUCCAACAUGGGAAACACAUUAAAAGAGCUUCAGGAUAUAAAUGGUGCUCUCCAAUGUUACACACGUGCGAUUCAAAUAAAUCCUGCAUUUGCUGAUGCACAUAGCAACCUCGCCAGUAUACAUAAGGAUUCGGGAAAUAUUCCAGAUGCCAUACAGUCGUACAGAACAGCAUUGAAAUUAAAACCUGAUUUUCCCGAUGCUUAUUGCAAUUUAGCUCAUUGUUUACAAAUUGUAUGUGACUGGACAGACUACGACGCUCGAAUGAAAAAACUUAUUAGCAUUGUAGCAGAACAGCUUGAGAAAAAUCGAUUACCUUCCGUUCAUCCACAUCAUUCAAUGCUUUAUCCACUAUCACAUGAGUUCCGCAAAGCUAUUGCUACCAGGCAUGCAAAUCUGUGUUUAGAAAAGAUUCAUGUGCUACACAAACCGGCAUAUAAGUUUUCACAUGAUUUGCCUACAGAUGGGAGGCUACGUAUUGGAUAUGUAAGCUCAGACUUUGGCAACCAUCCUACCUCCCAUUUAAUGCAAUCAAUCCCAGGACUUCAUGAUAAAACAUGUGUCGAGAUAUUUUGUUAUGCGUUAAGCUCAGAUGAUGGGACAACCUUCCGAUAUAAAAUUAUACGUGAAGCCGAACAUUUUGUAGAUUUGUCCCAAAUUCAGUGCAAUGGUAAAGCCGCUGAUCGCAUUUACUCUGAUGGAAUUCACAUAUUAGUGAAUAUGAAUGGAUAUACCAAAGGUGCACGCAACGAAAUCUUCGCUUUACGCCCUGCGCCAGUGCAAGUUAUGUGGCUCGGAUACCCGGGAACUAGUGGCGCUAGUUUUAUGGACUACAUUAUAACAGACCCUGUUACUAGUCCCAUGGAGCUUGCUUCGCAAUACAGUGAAAAGCUUGCGUAUAUGCCGAACACGUAUUUCAUUGGCGAUCACAAGCAAAUGUUUCCUCAUCUUAAGGAACGAAUUAUUGUAUGUGACAAACAGCAAUCAACUGUGGCAGACAAUAUCGCCGUUAUAAACGCUGCAGACUUAUCACCACUGGUAGAAAGUGCAGAUGUUAAAGAAGUUAGAGAAAUAGUAAAUGUGCAAAAGCCAGUGGAAAUUACACAUAAGGUUGCAGAACUCCCAAAUACUACUCAAAUUGUAUCAAUGAUUGCAUCCGGUCAAGUCCAGACCUCUCUUAAUGGCAUUGUUGUUCAAAACGGGUUAGCUACCACGCAAACAAAUAACAAAGCCGCAACUGGAGAGGAAGUUCCUCAAAAUAUUGUUAUAACAACUCGGCGCCAAUAUUUAUUACCCGAUGACGCAAUAGUUUAUUAGUGUGCCAAAUUCAGUGCUAUGGCUACUGAGGUUUCCUGCCGUUGGAGAACAGAAUAUAAAGAAAUCGGUUGAAGCCGUUGGU